AUGAGUACGUCCACCAAGUGUUCGCGGCUUCGUUCUCCAGAGAACACCUUUAAAUCCCGUGUCUUUUGGGCUUUUUCUGAGCUCAUACAAACUCACUACUUUCGUUUGUUGGUUCUUUGUUGGGCCUCUUUAGUGCUGUAUCACUUUUUCUGGAUUAUAAUUGGUUUGUGGGUUGCUUUCCAAGUCUCGAUAGCGCUUCUUACAUAUGGUCUAUCAAGGAUAUUCUCCCCUUCGUUCUUUAUGGAUCCUCGUUAUAGCCUACCAAUAUUGGUUGUGUUAACAGCCUUGGUCUUGCUACAGAGUUCCGCUAAGAGAGAAUUAGAAAUCUCUCGUCAUUUGACUCUGCUAUCUCAGAAAGUUAUUAGUGAAGAUCCAAGGAUUGAUUGGGAAAAAUGGGACAUCAUAGCCAUAUCUAUGAACAACACAAUGUAUAAAGAAGGCGUCUGGUCAACCCGAAGUUGUCUUUACAAUGGUAAGCAUUGCUACAAAUUUUUUAAGAAACUCGUGUUGGACUCCGAGUAUCACGACUCCGAUGACAUAUCGAGGGCAGAUCAAACCUAUCGGCAAUCACUGAAAGAAAGCUGUAAUGUACUUACUAAUAAGAACGAAAUACCCGCUGAAAAGGAGCAGUAUUUACCCAAACUUCGCAAGGUGCCCUAUCAAAUAUACCGUUCUAAGCUGCACUGGGCAAUCAAAGAACUCUACAUCAACAGCUCUUUCACUCGCUUGAGCGUAUUGGUAUGUAUUCUAUUGACAACAGCGAAACUUGAACCAGCAAAACAGCUAUUUGGGGUAUCGACUUCUAAGCUUUUCGUAAUUAUUACGGUUUGCCUAGUUCCGCUAAUAUAUGCUCGGAACUUCAGCAAUCUAAAGAGCACGACAAUAAUCGAAAAUGAGUCAGCAUUUGCGGAAAUAGUGGGGAGUAACAAAAACAUUGUUGAGGGUGAAUAUUUUUGGAAUGACGUGUGCCAGAAAAUGAACUAUUACUUAUUUUGUCAAGAUGAAUGGCCCACUGAGGAGUUUUUUUUAGUGGCACAAGCUGCAAGCAACAAUUUGAAAUGA